GUUGGGGGUUCAAGUCACAGCACUGCCAAGCUGCCACUGUUGGGCCACUGAACAAGGCCCUUAACCCUCUCUGCUCCAGGGGUACCGUAUCAGGGCUGACCCUGCGCUCUGACCCCGACUUUGUAACAAGCUAGGAUAUGUGAAAAAAGAAUUUCACUGUGCUGUAAUGUAUAUGUGACAAACAAAGGCUUCUUCUUCUUCUUCUAAACCAGUUUGGCCGAAAAUCCCCCUUCAAGCCGGCCCAGGUUUCCCAUUGCACUGAACAAUGUUUGAAACCGCUCCGUCACAGGAGUCAGCAGGGUGAAAUACCUUGAAAUAAUCAUGACUUUUUAGACCUUCUGAUAACACCUUAAAUGGAUUCCGCAGAGGUUCGACUGUGCUCUUCCAGAAAACCUCCACACAAUCAUCUUCCUGCUGGCUCACAGUCUUGUGGGGAUGGACAGACAGAAAUUUGUACAGCUUCAGGUGGAGGGACAUCAGGCUCUGUGGUACAUGUCACACCUGUGGACCUUCAGAAUAUAAAAAAAGAAGAACCUGGAGAUGACGACUACCUCUUUGGAAUUUCAGGUAAUGGACCAUCAUGCUCUGUGGGAAAUAUCGCACUUGUUGACCAACAGAAACAUAUAAAACAGGAAGAGCCUGAAGAUGAAGACUACCUCGGUGGAGAGACAUCAAGCUCUAUGAAGCAUGUGGCCCAACAGAAGAAACGAUUUAAAAGGAAGAAUUUAAAAAAGACAGAAGAGUCUGAAGAUGAUUACCUCAGUGAAAUGGAAAUGAAUGAUACCAAGGUACAAGUCUUCUCCUGCUCCUUGUGUUCCGUUUCUUAUACAUCUCAAAUUUACCUCCAUGUACACAUCAGAAAAUGCCACUUGGAGGAAUAUGAGAGACUGCUACAAUCAGGAGAAAUAAAAUCUCAGAACUGUAUGCACACAAGAAGCUCCAGUAUUCAGGUACUCCGUGGUACUCUCAACAUUAACGCAUCCAACCAGCAAGAGCAGAAAGAAGUCUAUGCCUGCUCACAGUGUGGGAAGAGUUUUACUGACCAGAAAAAUCUCCUACGACACCAAGACAUUCACUCAGGAGAGAAGCCUCACCACUGCAAAGAGUGCGGGAACAGUUUUACUCACCAAAGUGCUCUUCGAGUACAUCAGCGUAUUCACACAGGAAAGAGGCCGUAUCACUGCUCACAGUGUGGCAAGACUUUUAUUCAUCAGUGUUCUCUUCAAACACACCAGCGUAUUCACACCGGAGAGAAGCCGUAUCAGUGCUCACACUGUGGCAAAAUGUUUACUGGAAAAACUCCUCUUCGAAUACACCAGCGCAUUCACACAGGAGAGAAGCCGUAUCUGUGCUCACAAUGCGGGAAGGGUUUUACCAUUCUCAGUAAUCUCCAAAGACACCAUCGCGUUCACACGGGUGUAAAGCCGUAUCACUGCUCAGAGUGUGGGAAGACUUUUAUUCAAGAGUGUGAUCUCCAAAACCACCAGCGCAUUCACACUGGAGAAAAGCCGUAUCACUGCUCAGAGUGUGGGAAGAGCUUCAUUCAAUACAGUAAUCUACAGCAACAUCAGCGCAUUCACACAGGGGAAAAGCCGUAUCACUGCUCAGAGUGUGGGAAGAGCUUUUUCCGACAGAGUAAUCUCAUACGACAUCGGCGCACUCACAUAGCGCAGAAACCAAUUCAGUGCUUACAGUGUGGACGGAGAUUUACCUAUUCGGGUGCAUUUAACCUACACAAGUGUCCCAACAAGGAGCCACCGGCUUACCCAAACCUUAUAAUGGAAUCAGCAGAGGUCCGAGCAUGCUCUUUCAGAAAACCUCCACACACCCCUGCUCCUGCUGGCUCUCAGCUUUGUAGGGAUGUGCAGACAGAAAUUUGUACAGAUUCAGGUGGAGGGAUAUCGGGAUCUGGGGGACACAUCAACCCCAUGGACCAACAGAACCAUGUAAAAAAGGAUGAACCUGAGGAUGAAGGCUAUGUCUGUGAAGCAACACCAGGCUCUGUGGGACCCAUCACACCAUUGGAUGAACAGAUAUAUAUAAAAAAGGAAGAACCUGAGGAUGAAGACUAUCUCUGUGGAGAAACGUCAGGCUCUGUGGAAAAUGAAGACCAACAGAGAGGAUUUCAGAGCCUGGAUGUAAAAGAGGAAGAAUCUAAAGAUGAAGACUACAUCUGUACAACGACAGUCUUAGAAGUGAAUGAUGCACAGUUACAAGUCUUCACUUGCUCCUUGUGUUCAUUUUCCUAUACAUCUCAAAUUUACCUCUACAAACACAUCAGAAGAUACCACUGUCAGGAAUAUGAGAGACUGCUACAAUCAGGAGAAAUUAAAUCUGAGAACCUGAUGCCCACAAGAAGCUCCAGUAAUCAGCAAACAAUCUUUGAUACUCUUAACAGUAAGACAUCUAAUCAAGUGCAGAAAGAAGUCUAUCCCUGCUCACUGUGCGGGAAAGGUUUUACUGACCGGAGUAAUCUCAGACGACACCAGCGCAUUCACACAGGAGAGAAGCCACAUCACUGCUCACAGUGUGGGAAGAGCUUUAUUCAUCGGCAAGGACUCAAAUCACACCAGCUCGUUCACACAGGAGAGAAGCCGCAUCAGUGCUUACAGUGUGGGAAGAGUUUUUCUAGACAGGGUGAUCUCCGAAUACACCAACGCAUUCAUACAGGAGAGAAACCGUAUCACUGCUCACAGUGUGGGAAGAAUUUUAAACGACAAAAUAACCUCAAAACUCACCAGGUCAUUCACAAUGGAGUAAAACCAUAUUAUUGCUCAGAGUGUGGGAUGAGUUUUCAUCAACACAGUCAUCUCCAGACACACCAGCGCAUUCACACAGGAGAAAAGCCAUAUCAGUGCUUGCAGUGUGGGAAGUGUUUUAAUCGACAUAGUUAUCUCCAGGCACACCAGCGUGUUCACACAAAACAGAAAGCAGGUCAUUGUUUGGACUGUGGGAAGAGUUUUAUUCAAAUGAAUGAGCUCCAAGUACACCAGUGCAUUCAAACAGGAGAAAACCUGUAUCGUUGUUCACAGUGUGGAAAGAGUUUUAUUCAUCAAACUGAUCUCCAACAGCACCAAUGUGCUCAUACAGUUUGGAGUUUAGAAGAACUCAGGUGUGUGUCUACAUCAUGCCAAGAAGAAAUCAUCAGCCAUGGUCUCAGUGAUGUAACUGUUGCUGUUCAUCGAUCUGGAGAGGGUUAUAAGGCCACCUCCAAACAGUUAGAAAUUGAUGUAGAGUGAGAAGGUUUGUUUACAAAUGGAGAGACUUUAAGACGGUUGUUAGUCUUCCCAGGAGUGGGUGUCCCAGCAAAUUCAGUUCAAGGUCAGAUUGUUUAAUGCUCAGAGAUAUAAAGACAAACCCAAGAGCUACAUCAUGUGACCUACAGGCCUCUGUAAGCACAUUAAAUGUUUAUGUUCACGAUGUCACAAUCAGAAAAAGACUGAACAAGUAUGGCUUUCCUGGAAGGGUGGCUAGGAAAAAGCCAUUUCUCCACUUCUCUUUAUACCAGAAUAUUCUUGAGACAAAUGUGAGACCAUCUGUCCAGCAGCUUAAGCUGUACCGUAAUUGGGUCAUACAACAGGACAAUGAUCCCAAGCACACUGGCAAAUUGACAUUUGUAUAACUGUAAUUUCCCCUUGGGAUCAAUAGUGUUAUCUUCUUUUAAAAAAAUUUAUUUUAAAAAGGCAGGGUGUUUGGGCAAGUCCAGACUUCAACCCCAUUGAAGUGCCAUGGUGGGAUCUUAAGAAAGUGGUGCAUAAAUGAAUGCCCUAAAACAUCAAUAAAGUGAUGCAAUGUUUAAAGAGUGGGCCAAAAUUUCUCCAAAAUGAUCUGAGAGACUGAUAAACUCCUACAGAAUAUAUUUACUUCCGGAAGAACUGUAGGACUGAGGAAUGGGCUAAAAGCUGAUGUGCACGACUGAUCAACAGUUACCGAAAACGUUUAGUUGCGGUUAUUGCUCCACAGCGGGGUCACACCAGAUACUGAAAGCAAAAGCUCCACAUACAGUUGCCACUCACAGAUAUGUAAUAUUGGAUAAUUUUCCUCAAUAAAUAAAUGACCAAGUAUACUAUUUUUG